AUGGUGGGCCAAACAUCACGACACCACGUCCCAUCACCCCUGUGCUCUUGUCUGCCAGUGCUCGGGACUGAAACACCCAGAUCACAGGACCAGCAAGACGGUGAGGAUGCCCUGCAUGCAGACCGUGGAGGACAAAGGAAUGGAAUAUGGGCUUUUCCUCCUGCCCCCCGUGGUGUUCCUCAGAUUGAAGUCACUUUUGAUAUUGAUGCCAACAGCAUCCUCAAUGUCUCUGCUGUGGAUAAGAGCACAGGAAAAGAGAACAGGAUUACCAUCGCUAAUGACAAGGGCCGUUUGAGCAAGGAGGACAUUGAACGCAUGGUUCAGGAAGCAGAGAAGUAUAAAGCUGAAGGUGAGAAGCAGCGGGAUAAGGUGUCUUCGAAGAAUUCUCUUGAAUCCUAUGCUUUCAACAUGAAAGCUACUGUUGAGGAUGAGAAACUUCAAGGCAAGAUUAAUGAUGAGGACAAACAGAAGAUUCUUGAUAAGUGUAAUGAAAUAAUCAACUGGCUUGAUAAGAACCAGACUGCAGAGAAGGAAGAAUUUGAACACCAGCAGAAGGAGCUGGAAAAAGUCUGCAACCCCAUCAUUACCAAGCUGUACCAGAGCGCAGGAGGCAUGCCAGGAGGAAUGCCAGGAGGGAUGCCCGGGGGCUUCCCUGGUGGUGGAGCUCCACCGUCUGGUGGUGCCUCCUCUGGGCCCACCAUUGAAGAGGUUGAUUAAGCCAGCCUAGCACAGGUGUAGCAUUGUUCCACACAACACUGAAGGACCCAAAUUUGUAGCAAAUUCCAUGGCAGUUUUAAAGUUGAGCUGCUGUAGUAAACUGGGCAUUCUUGAUACUUGAACGUGGAAUGUGUGCACAGGGAAAGGAAAUAACAUUGCACUUUACAAGCACUGUAUUGUAAGUGGAAAAUGCAAUGUCUUAAAUAAAACUGUAUUUAAAAUUGGCACCA